AUGCUAAGUUGGCUCCGACGCUUCCCUAACGAUGUGAUCCAUAGGAAGGGCAAUGGCACCACCACAGGCCGGAGGACCUCCUCCUCCACCUCUUGGAGGAACAAGAGCAACAGCUUCACCGCACGGAUCAUCCGUUGUGCCUCCUCUGUGGUCGAUACAGCAGGCCGCCGACACGACGACGACGACGACGACGAUGAAGAUGAUGAUUGUCGUCUACCAUCGUCGCCUCCUCCUCCAGCACCACCAAAUCAUUAUAAUAAUGACAGUGGCAGAAACACCAGUGUCAUCUCGGCCAAAGCCUUCUCGUUCCGCGAGCUAGCUGACGCCGCAGGAAACUUUCGCCAAGCCAACUUCCUCGGCGAGGGGGGAUUCGGUCGCGUCUACAAGGCCCGCCUGCUCAUUGCUGGUGAGGACGACCUUCCGGUGGCCAUCAAGCAGCUGGACCGCAAUGGCUUCCAGGGCAACAAUGAGUUCAUGGUGGAGGUGCUCAUGCUCAGCAUGCUGCACCACCCCAACCUCGUCAGCCUCAUUGGUUACUGCGCCGAGGGUGACCAACGCCUGCUCGUCUAUGAGUACAUGGCACUAGGAUCCCUCGAGGACCACCUGUUGCUGCUGCGUGAUGAUGACGAUCAUGACAACGAUGACAGCCAACAGCAGCAUGGCCCUUUGCCUUGGCGCACGAGGAUGAAGAUCGAUCGCGCUCGGCGCGGCGCGGGGUCUAGAUCCUCCAACAUCCUCCUCGACCAAGACUACAAUCCCAAGCUCUCCGACUUCGGCCUCGCCAAGCUCCUCCCCGCCCCGCGCACUGACUCAUCCUCCUCAUCGUCGUCCUCCUCCUCAUCAAGCAGCAACAAGGUGAUGGGCACGUAUGGGUACUGUGCGCCGGAGUACUUGCGGACAGGAAAGCUCAGCGCCAAGUCGGACGUCUAUAGCUUUGGGGUGCUUCUGCUGGAGCUCAUCACCGGCCGACGAGCCAUCGACGCCAGCCGGCCGGAUGGCGAGCAAAGCCUCGUUGGAUGGGCGGCACGGAUAUUUGGUGACCCCAAGAGGUUCCCUGAGCUGGUGGACCCUCGGUUGGCGAUGGCAAUGCUAGGGCCUGCAGCAUCAGAGCUGAAGCAGGCCGUGGGUGUGGCAUCCAUGUGCUUGCAGGAACACUACGCCCUGCGUCCUGUCAUGACCGACGUCGUCAUGGCCCUUUCCUUCCUCGCCAUUGAUUCUCCUCCCUGCUAG